AUGCUGUCUCAAGGCUUAUCUUUCAUCAUCUUUAACGCGUCAAAUCAACAAGAAGUACAAGAAACUAUCAGCUUUUACGAAGCUAUAGGUUUUCAUGUCGUGUCUGAUAAGGCAUAUAAAGAAAGAACUGUCUGGCUAAGAUCAAAAUCAAAUACAACCAUUCAACUUGUAUUAAACAGUAAAGCAAAGAAGCAAGCUAAGCCAAGCACAGACAGUGACUGGUCGUUGGAAGAAAUUGCUCUUGCCUUCUAUACAGAAAAUCUUCAAGAAAUCAAAUCAAAGCUUACUAAUACUCCUGUACAGGAUCAUAGUAAGGAUGGUGACUUGAAGCUAUACGCAAUAGAUCCUCUCAACAAUGUAAUCGUGUUUACCAACAAGGCAAUCGAAAUUACCAACAACGCGGUUGAAGCCAUCAACACGGCCAUUACCGCUAAUUCUCAAAAGAAACGUCAAAAGAUUGCCGUACUCACUUCAGGUGGUGAUGCUCCUGGUAUGAAUGCUGUCGUUCGCGCUGUCGUUCGCUAUGGUAUCACUAAAGGAUGUGAUAUCUUUGCUGUCUAUGAAGGUUAUCAAGGUCUUGUGGACGGUGGUGACUUGUUGAAAAAGAUGGACUGGAAGAGCGUACGUGGAUGGCUCGCUGUGGGUGGUACUACAAUUGGUACAGCUCGAUGCAUGUCAUUCAAAACGCGGGAGGGUAGACUUCAAGCUGCAGAAAACCUGAUCAAGAAUGGUAUUGAUUCACUUAUUGUAUGUGGUGGUGAUGGUUCACUUACAGGUGCUGACCUCUUUCGAUCCGAAUGGAGUGGUCUGGUCAAGGAGUUAAAGGAAACCGGCCGUAUCAAUGUAGAGCAAGCUGAGACAUAUAAGCAUUUGACGAUUGUUGGCCUUGUCGGAUCCAUUGAUAACGAUAUGUCAUCCACUGAUAUUACCAUCGGUGCUGUCACAUCGCUACAUCGUAUUUGUGAAGCUGUUGACUCAGUCUCUACCACCGCUUUAUCUCACUCUCGUGCAUUUGUUAUUGAAGUCAUGGGACGUCAUUGUGGUUGGUUAGCCCUGAUGGCCGGUAUCGCUACAGGAGCCGAUUUUGUUUUUAUUCCUGAAAAGCCACCACAAGAAGACGAUUGGGAAUCAACCAUGUGCUCUGUGAUUGAACGCCAUCGAAAACUUGGCAAGCGAAAGACUGUUGUUAUUGUGGCUGAAGGUGCCAUCGACAAGAAUCUGAAUGCGAUCAAGGCCGACCAUCUCAAGGAUAUCUUGACGAAUCGUCUAGGCCUAGACACACGUGUCACCAUCCUUGGUCAUACGCAACGUGGCGGCUCUCCUGCUUUCUUUGACCGUCUCUUGGCUACUGUGCAAUCUAUCGAAGCUGUAAACGCCGUGCUGGAGGCAACGCCUGAUGCACCCUCACCCAUGAUCGGUAUGAGCAACAAUAAGGUCACUCGUUACCCUCUGAUGGAAGCUGUCAAGUUGACGCACGAGGUAGCUGAAGCCAUCUCUCGAAAGGACUUUGCUCACGCCAUGGCCCUUCGUGAUCCUCAAUUUGCUGAAGAGUAUGAAGCAUACAACGCCACCACCAUCUUGGACGAUAACUCAAUGGGCUUACCCAAACACAGACAGAUGCGUAUUGCUGUUGUUCACGUGGGUGCACCAGCAGGUGGUAUGAAUGCUGCUACUCGUACAGCCGUCCGAUACUGUCUCAACCGUGGUCACACACCCAUUGCCGUCUCUAACGGUUUCGCAGGUCUCGCUCGUGGUAGCAUGAAAGAAAUGAGCUGGAUGUCUGUCGACGGCUGGACGGACCUAGGUGGAUCCGAAUUAGGCACAAACCGAGCUGUUCCAGGCAAGGACAUUGACAUGGGCAUGAUCACUUACCAGCUUCAGCAACAUCAGAUUCAAGGCCUUUUGGUCAUUGGUGGAUUUGAAGCCUAUGCCGCUCUUGAUCAACUGCAAAAGGCACGUCAACAGUAUCCUAGUCUUCGUAUUCCAAUCACUCUCAUCCCUGCCACUAUUUCCAACAAUGUUCCAGGUACAGACUACUCUCUCGGUUCUGAUACUUCCUUGAACUCUAUUGUUGAUUCUUGUGAUGCUAUUGUUCAGUCAGCACAAUCGUCACGUCGUCGUGUGUUUGUUGUGGAGGUUAUGGGUGGUCGUUCCGGUUACUUGGCAGUCGAGGCUGGUCUUGCCGUUGGUGCCAAUACGGUCUAUAUCCCCGAAGAAGGCAUCAGUCUCUCUCGUCUUCAAUCUGACGUGAACCACUUGAAGGCCAUGUACGCAGAUGAUGAUCCAGAUCGCUCUGAGGGCAGAAUCAUUCUCCGUACAGAAGAUGUUUCCAAGACGUACACAACUGAAGUCAUCUCAAAUAUACUCAAGGACGAAGGCGAGGACAUGUUUGAUUCUCGUACAGCUAUCCUUGGUCAUAUUCAACAAGGCACGUCACCUUCUCCCUUGGAUCGUAUCCGCGCUACCCGUAUCACUGUACGAGCUAUCCAGUUUAUUGAAACCCAUGCAUCCGAAGCACUUGAUCAGGCACAACAAGCAGGCAAUGCCGCCCCUGUUGAACUGACCAAUACCAAUCAAUCAGUGACAGUAGCUGGCAUUCACGGAAACUCAAUUGUAUUUAGACCUGUGGCUGAUUUGAUGAAAGAAACUGACAUGAAAAAUCGUAAGCCUUAUAAUGCAUGGUGGGCAGAACACCGUCCUAUUAUUGAUCUCUUGGCUGGCCGCGGUCUUUUUAGUACCUCUCAAUAA